GGGCUGAUGACAAUGGCUGAUAAUUUCGACGAGGAUGAUCUGUUGAACUCCUCCCUUACCAACCUCCAAUGGCUCCAACACAUUAACAUGAACCUGAGUGAGGGUUUGGCAGUUGCGAGGAAAACCGUAGCUUCAACUUCCAGUUCCGCCUCCUCCUCCCCUCAGUCAAAAGAUGAUAGAACUGAUAGAACUCCACAACAAAGAGCCGGUGGGGGCAGACACAAUACCUCAGUCGACUACACCAGAAACUCCCAUAUUAAACCACCCUACUCCUAUGCUACCCUUAUCUGCAUGGCCAUAAGGGAGACACCAAAGCACAAGAUCACGUUGAGCGCCAUUUAUAACUGGAUCAUGGCAAACUUCGCAUAUUACCGCAACGCAGAUCCGAGCUGGCAAAACUCUAUCCGUCACAAUCUAUCACUUAACAAGUGUUUUAUGAAGGUACCACGUGACAAGGACGAGCCUGGUAAGGGAGGAUUCUGGAUGAUUAACUCAGAGUAUGAAGAGUAUUUCAAAAACGGGGUUUUGAAGAGGAGGAAGAACAAGAAGAAGAUCCAGAAAGUUCCAUACUCCAGAUCUUCUAGCUAUACUAAAGCAGAUACCUACAAUCGCUCCUCCUCCACCACCUACAACCCCGCGAAAGCUCGUCCAGUUCGAGCUCAGACUAUCGAUCUCGGAGGUCUGAGCUAUCAGACCCACAUCAACCAGUACGGACAAGGAUUCCAGACUAUUAACAACAAUAAUGGUAUCCUCAAAUUGUCAUCAGCUCUUCAUUUGAAGACGCCGUACAGUCGCAGCAGCACAACCCAACCUCACGGCCAGCCUCGACCAUCCAACCUCAAACUUAACCUCGCUACCUCUCAACUUCAACCUCAAGCCCCUCUAACAUCAUCAUCAGAACUUAUCCGACCAAAUAUCAACUUGAACGGAAGUUUGAACGGGGGUCUGAACAACAGUUUCAACAAGGGUUCCUCAGAGGAGCAACCUUGGGAGUUCGUGUUAAAAGAUAUUCAGCUCAAUUCAGCUUCUCAAGGAGAGGUCACGAAAAAGACAGAAGACGACUUUUUCAAGGACAGUUGUAUGUUGGAAUCAAACACUGUGUUGGAUGAUGGCGACACGAUGAUGAGUGCCCAGUCGGAUAAUUCCAUCUCACAGUCCCUAAACUUUGAGGGUCUCAAUGAUGAUAUCAGCUCCCCUGAACUCAGCGACCUUGUCAGAGACAUUGAAAGUCUAAUAGAUUGUCCAAAUCUACAACAACCAGAACUUAUUGUCAAAGGAGAAAAACUGUCAAACGCCUUCAACCAGUCAAGCUGCCAGGAGAGUUUCAACUUCUCAUCUGGACCAGCCUGGAACAACCUUCUAGAUGAGCUCAACCUCGGACUCUCAGAUUAUCUUGAUACCCCUCUCAAUGGGAUUGUGUAAUGAUUAUAAAUUUGAUAUGAUUUCAAUAGAGGUGCUCUUUCAUAGGUGGAGUUGUAUUUGUUUUUGGGAAGGUUACGUUUCAGUAAGGCGGUUUAUUAGGGGACUUAUUGUUGUUAGUGGAUUGUUGUUGUUGAUAGUGAUUGUUCUGAAGGAGUUGCAGUAUAUUACCAUAUAUAUAAUAGGUAUUAUCUGUAACUGCCAUGCCAGACGUUCCGCACAAUUAUGAAAUAUGGAUACAUGUUAGUAAAAGUACUCUGUCAUGCUAACGCGAACGGACAAGAAGUCCGUUUGCUUAUAUUAUUAACAAGAACAUCCAGGGGCAUGAAAAACAAAAAGCAAAUUAUCAUUUUUUAUCUAAUACAGAAUGUAGAAUACAAUUUUUGUUUGCAGAGGAAACUUAAGUAAUAUAACUUUGAUGUUGGCCGAUAAUUACAAGGGAAGAAAGUACAAGUAUUAACGCAAUAUGAACAAUGAGGAUGAAACAAUAUUAUUAUGAGCAUUCUUAUCUAUUCUCGGCUCGAUUCCACAUUUUAAUAUUGCGUUAAUUCUUGUGAAACCUGUACAAUUCGUUUAAUUGUACAAUUAAUUAAUUAAUUGAUUGUACAAUUCGUUUAAUUGCCAUAUUUUAUUUAAUUCCAGGCAUGAUGAGCAUGUGUUUAUUUGAAAAUUACAAAAUUAUACUAUGUCAAAAGUUUUUGCUUGUUCAUUAUUUCUUACAUUCAAUUAUUUACUAGUUCAUUUUAAAA